CCUCCUUGGUCAGCAUUGGACAAGAUCGUCGGUUUCAUCGUCGUCGUCAUCGUCGUCGACAACUUAGAGUUUAUCCUCUCUCAAAGUCAUUCACUGUGCAUUGUGCCUCCCGUCCUGACAUAAGUCGUCGUUCUCUGGCCCUGAGAUUUUGUCUUGAAUUUAUUUAUUCCCACAUCUCCGCUCUAUACACGUACCCGCCAUGUCGAAGCCCGUCUCUGACGCAGAUCGCCGCAAGCAGAUCUCGGUGCGGCAUAUUGCGCCCGUGGAGAACGUGGCCAAUGUGAAGAAGAGCUUCAACCGCCAUCUUCACUACACCUUGGUGAAGGAUCGUAAUGUGGCCACCCCCCGGGAUUACUACUUUGCCCUGGCCAACACCGUCAAGGACCACCUCACGGCCCGGUGGAUCCGGACCCAGCAAUACUACUACGAAACCGACCCCAAGAGGGUCUACUAUCUCUCAUUGGAGUUCUACAUGGGUCGAUCCUUGAACAACACCAUGAUCAAUAUCGGCAUCCAAGGAGCUUGCGAUGAGGCCAUGUAUCAGAUGGGCUUGGACUUGGAAGACUUGGAGGACAUGGAAGAUGAUGCCGGAUUGGGCAAUGGAGGCUUGGGCCGCUUGGCCGCUUGCUUCUUGGACUCUAUGGCUACAAUGGGCAUGCCUGCUUAUGGCUAUGGCAUCCGUUAUGAACACGGUAUCUUUACGCAAAUAAUCGAUGCCAAUGGGGAGCAGGUCGAAGUUCCCGAUGAUUGGUUGCGAUAUGGCAACCCAUGGGAAAAGGCCCGUCCCGAAUAUAUGAUCCCCAUCAACUUCUAUGGGCGAACCAUUGAAGAAGAUGGCAAGCGCAAGUGGGUGGACUGCCAAACAGUGUUGGCCAUGCCCUACGACUCGCCCAUCCCUGGCUACAACAAUAACUGCGUCAACACCAUGCGGUUGUGGAGCGCCAAGUCGCCCAAUAAUUUUAACCUCCGUUUUUUCAACGAUGGAGACUACAUCCAGGCCGUUUUGGACCGAAACUUGGCCGAGAACAUCUCCCGCGUGCUCUAUCCCAAUGACAACUCUUUCGGAGGCAAGGAACUCCGAUUGAAGCAAGAGUACUUCUUGUGCGCCGCCACUCUCCAGGAUGUGGUUCGACGAUUCAAGCACUCCAAGUUUGGAUGCCGCAAAGUGGCGCGCACGGAUUUCUCACGCAUGCCCGAGAAGGUGGCCAUUCAAUUGAACGACACCCAUCCCGCCAUGGCCAUUCCUGAGCUGAUGAGGAUCCUCUUGGACGAGGAGAAUCUCGACUGGGACACGGCUUGGGACAUCACCAACAAGUGUUGCGCCUACACCAACCACACCAUCCUUCCCGAGGCUUUGGAACGUUGGCCCAUCGAUCUCUUGGAAAGACUCUUGCCGCGUCAUCUGGAGAUCAUUUACACCAUCAACCACAACUUCAUGGCGUACGUGGCUGAAAGGUACAACCAUGACCAGGAGAAGAUGCGCUCGCUCUCCAUUGUUGAGGAAGAAGGUGGUAAGCGAAUCAACAUGGCUCAUUUGGCCAUCGUGGGUUCGCAUGCCGUCAAUGGAGUAGCCCGACUCCACUCCGAGCUUAUCAAGAGCGAUCUCUUCUACAACUUCCACCAAAUGUGGCCCGAGAAGUUCCAGAACAAGACCAAUGGGAUCACUCCCCGAAGGUGGUUGUUGUUGUGCAACCCGGCUCUGUCCGAUUUGAUCUCGGACAAGAUCGGCGAGGACUGGAUCGUCCAUUUGGAGCAAUUGGCCCAACUGAAGCAAUAUGCCGAUGACCCCAACUUCCAACGCGAGGUCAUGAAGGUCAAGUCUGACAACAAGCAGAAAUUGGCUCAAUAUUUGGAGGAGCAAACCGGUGUGAAGGUCAACCCGGCCUCCAUGUUCGACAUUCAGGUCAAGCGAAUCCAUGAGUACAAACGCCAACUCCUGAACGUGCUUCACGUCAUGACUUUGUACAACCGAAUCAAACAGAAUCCCAACGCUCCAUUCGUCCCCAGGACCGUCAUGAUCGGUGGCAAAGCUGCUCCUGGUUAUUACAUGGCCAAGCAGAUCAUUAAGUUGUUCAACCGCGUGGGUUCGGUCAUCAACAACGAUCCCGUUGUCGGUGACAAGCUCAAGAUCAUCUUCCUCGAGAACUACCGUGUGACCUAUGCUGAGAAGAUCAUGCCUGGAUCCGACUUGUCCGAGCAGAUCUCCACUGCUGGAACUGAGGCGUCCGGAACUGGCAACAUGAAAUUCAUGUUGAACGGCGCCUUGACCGUUGGAACUUUGGACGGUGCCAAUGUGGAGAUGGCGGAGGAGAUGGGUCAUGAAAACAUCUUUAUCUUUGGUAUGACUGUGGACGAGGUCAAGUCCCUCAAGUCCAAAGGCUACGACGCCAAGACCUACUACGAGAAGAACCCCGAAUUGAAGCAAGUCAUCGAUCAGCUCAAGAGCGGCUACUAUUCUCAAGGCAACCCUGAUGAGUUCAUCGAUAUCUACAACAACCUCAUGUACCACGAUAUUUAUCUCACUCUCGCCGACUACGACUCGUACAUGGAAAGCCAGCAGAAAGUGUCGGACACUUACAAGGAUAAUGCCAAGUGGGCCAAGAUGGCCAUUAUGAACAUUGCCUCGUCCGGCAAAUUCAGUUCUGACCGAACCAUCGCCGAUUACGGUCGUGACAUUUGGGGCGUGGAGCCCAAUUUCGAGAAGUUGCCCGAUCCUCAUUCGUCUUAAUUUAGAAGCGCGACCAAUCGAGUGGAGGGGAAACUGAUCUGUUUAGAGUUCGAGUUGAUAAGAUAAUAAUAAGAAUAGAAUCGUCCUUCUCGUUAUGCAUGUGACAAUGCUGCCAAUCCAUAAAUCUCAGUCAAUCAGCAGUGUUCGAACUUCACGAACUCCUGAUGUUUUGUGAACAUGAUCAAAAGACAACGCCAUAUUUAUGAAUCUUAUUCAAACCCCUAGAAACAUCACACCGCUCUUUGAGGGAUGUCUCUAGCCGAUUAGGGCUCCUUGUUUGUAUCAGAAGCCCUCUUUCAUCAUCUUAACUUCUCAACUGACCGUGUUAAUGCUGUAUGAUUUUGAAAUAAAUUCCAAGGCAAAAACCAGUCA